UUGGAGAGGCCGGCAAAUUACGUCACCAAUCAGUUCCUUCACAAGGCUUUAUUGACUACGACACUGUCCUUGUCUCAAGAGGCUUGGAGCAAAAGCUCUCAUUACAGCUCCAGAAUGACUCAUUCAGUUGAUAGUAUUGCUGUUGCUGCCGCUGCAGUCCAACAAGACUGUGACUCAAUAACGCUACCUGCUGUUAUUGUCGUGUUAUUGCAUACAGAGGAGUGCAGGAAGGUGGGGUGGGGGAGGAUGUUGCUUAGUUACCCAGCCCACAGAAGAGCAUAAGAGUGGGUGAGACUCUCUGGAAACAACUCUGAACAUUCAGUCCAUCCAAACCUGAUGAAUUAAUCCAAAGUGAGAGUAGAACAUUAAAACUCACUAGUGAACACUGAGCUAUUCUGCAACGGAAACAACGUUCCUAGAUUUAACCAUAAUGUAGAUGUGUGUGAAUUUCAAACUUUCCACCUCACUCCAAACUAAUCCUCAUUGACAAAUAUCACUGCAUGUUUGCAUCAGUUCUAAUCUGUAAAAGGGAAAAAAUAAGUUUCACCAUUAGAACCUGUAUGCACAGGUGGGGCUUAGCUUUGUCUAUAAGUACGAUGUCAGAAUAUUUGAAAAAUAUUAAUGCAGUCAUGCCACCCUUGCCUGAGGAGAGCAAGACUGAAAAACAACUGCAUAUUUCCAUAAUUGUCCUUAAUGCAGCAUCCAUAUUCAGCUGAUCUUAAUAGAUUGGUUUCAUUGUUGUCCUAAUUCUCUGUCUUAGACUCAACAAGCGGGAACAGGCUACAGAUAUGGAAUCUUCGUGCUGCAAUAUUUAAUACAUUUUUGAAGUGGGUGGAGGGUAGAAAAUUGUGAGCAUAAACUGGCCUGAGUUUCCAUUAACCGGGUUUUCCAUUGGGCAGGGACAGAGCUAGAGGCUAAAGUUUCUAAACCGCUGCUAGUAUUGCUUAAUAUACUAAAGUCUGUAAUGAUGAAUACACACCAAAUUAUUUUAAAUUACUCUCUGAAACGGAUUUAAUUACAAUUACAAACCAAUCCAUUAACAAAUAAAAUUGUGCUAAAAAGCCUAUUCUGUUUAGUAGCAGGUUAAUCUGUGACGAUUUAUUGUAACUUCAAUGAACUUUACUGGGCAGCAUGGACGAAUAGUUUUUUCAUAGCCAAAAUUUAAAUUACUUCAUUACAUUUUCAACUGAUAAUAAUUUUCAAACCUUUAAAUUCGAUAGGGUUAACUUUACAGUAUCACUCAACACUGAUUAUUAAAGAGCUGCCAAUACAAACUCAGACUUAAGCAACACUUUUUGCUCUCAGAUCAUUCUUAAAUCAUUUUAAAUACAGAUUUAAAAUCGUAAGGAAUAAUUAAAUGGCUAUGAAACUGUUUAAAGUAAAAAAAAAUCUUUGCACACUGUACCUAUGACAGGAAAUAAAUUAAAAUAAAGCAUAUUGGCCUUCGCGAUCCUAGACAGGAACUAAAACACAUAAACGUGUCCUACUCCGUUUCCUAAACUUUCUAAACUGUCUCAUAUUUUACAGCAGUCAAUGAUAUUUGGAAAAGAAAUGUGUGAAAAUAUUCAGAUGUAAUCAUUCAUAUUAGUAAUCAACAUAUGAAGUGGAUCAAAACAGUUCAUCAAAGUAGUCCUAAAACCAAAACGCAUUUUGAUUUUAGGUUUUAGGGCAAAUUUAUGAAAGGUUUUCCCAUUUUAAAUGCUGGUGUAAUUUAAUUACACUAUUUUUUUCCUAUAACUGUAACUGACUGCAGUUACAUUCAUUUCGUAAUUAAAUUACGUAAUGUUACUGGUUAUUAUAAUAGACAGGAAAUGUGUAAUACAAUAAACAACACAUUUAUUACUCACAGUAAUCCUGAAGAGAAGCCUCCUUUAUUUUUUCAGGUCUGUAUUCGCGCGCCCUCUACUGCCCCUUACAAAAACUACUCAGUGGAGACUUGCUUGCCAUGAAAAAACUUGGCACCGAUCGGCCGCCCGGCGUCUCCAUCCCGCUGGAAUCUCAGGAAUACAAAGUUCUUAUCUCGCUCCACACGUUGCUUGUCGGUGACUAUUAACAAACAGCAUUGUGUUCGCGCGCGCGAGCGAGCGGGCGGGAGGCGGAGAAGGCGCGUAUAUAAACGCUCCUGUACAGGAGCGUGCUCUGGAUUACCGAAAGAUGCACGAGUGCAUUGAGGAGACCGCAGCUCAAUAGUGCAAAACAGAAACUUUUGAACAGUUUGCGAAUUUUUUGGAUUAUCACUUUUUUUUUUGCCGAAUCAGGGACUUAAAUAAAAUGGAUUUGAGGAUUGUUUUCCCAGUGUUGUCCAUGCUGUCAUCUGGGAUUUUUGACUUGGCUGCUGCAGCAUCUUUGGGUCAAGGCGCGCCGACCUCCGUGCGUCACUCCAGGACCAAGAGGUGCUCCUGCGCAAGUUUUAUGGAUAAAGAGUGCGUCUACUUUUGCCACCUGGACAUAAUAUGGGUCAACACGCCAGAGCGAACCGUGUCGUACGGACUUGGAAACGCUCCACGUAAGAAGCGCUCGGUUACAGAACCUGUCGUGCCCAGGGCGCGCUGCAAGUGUGCAGAUGGCCAAGACAAAACAUGCUCUUCAUUCUGUCGGCCGAACAAUGCGCAUGAAGCAGCGUCGGACGAGGCGAUCCGUGCCAACCAGGGCCGAGAUUGUGCCGAGAAGCAGUGCAAGCACAAGCUGGCAGACAAACAGACGAAUCUUAAACGAGUGAAAAACACUAAACAGAUUGGUGGUAUCCGCUCAAGGGCAAAGGCCAUCAAGAGGAUCCAACUUCUCUUGAAGAAAUGGCAAGUGAAGCUGCAAAACAGGGCACGAGCGUGGACGUCCGAAAACGCCGCCUCGUAGAGGCCGAGCUCAUCUUCUGCCCUUUGCUGAUCCACCACAGGAUUUACCUGAAUAAACGGCUCGUGUCUGCUCGUUCGUCACGCCAUUGGGUGCCAUCAGGUGUGCGGGAACACCUGCGGAUGCAAGCGUCUUGGAUUGCGGUGUUUGUCGUGUGGUCUCCACCCUAGAGGAGGGUCGGCAUCGGUGUGGAGGUUGUGGAGCUCAACGGGAUGAAAAACUAAGAAAGAUGCUGAUUAAAACAAACCAAACCUCAAAUUAUAAACACUAACCUCUAUCGGCUCUGAGCGUUUCUGAACUAGACCUUUUGGUGCAUGGGAUAACUGGUCGGACAAGUCAAGCGGGACGUUUAAGUUAAACCGACUGCAUAUAAAGACUAUGCAUUGAAGAUAUUUGUUGCACAGGAGGAAUAUGCCGUAACUAAACGUAACUGUGGAAUCGGGGAUUCCAGGAGCACAUGUGUGUGACGCACAUCAGGGGACACUGAACAUCAGACAAAGACUUUUUCAUGGAUCUUGUUACUGGACUCACUCACUUUAAUCACUGCAAAACAAUGAAGCUCUGCAAAUGCGUCAAUGCAUCAAUCAAAUUGCUAUUUUUCACAUUUAUGUUAAAUAAUUAUCUUUAGCCAUAUUGGCUGAUAAGAUUUUUUUCCUCAAUGUUAUUUCUAUGAAAUGAGACCAACUGCCAUUAAUGUGGUAAGCAUUGUUAGGUAAUAAUAAAUAUUUUGCAUUAUUUAAACUUAUUAAACUUCAGUUGCUUGUGAA